AUGGAGAGUGGCACGAUUUCUGACGCCCAGAUAACUGCUUCUUCGCGAAUGAACAACAACAGCACACCAAGACAGGCGAGACUGAACUUCAUUGAACAGGGAAUCAGGCAAGGGGGGUGGUCGUCUCUUAAAAAUGAUCGUAACCAAUGGCUUCAGGUGGAUCUUGGCAGUCACACCACUGUGACAGGUGUGGCGACUCAGGGAAGGAAUUCAACAAAAUGGCGGCAGUGGAUUGCAGCUUUCACGUUACAGUUUAGUUUUGACGGAGUGAUCUUCCAGUCAUACAAAGAGCCAGGGAAAAUGUCAGCAAAAGUAAAGCGUCUUUGA